AUGCCUUCCAGCACCUCGGGCACGCAGGAUGCGCACAGCGUCGCGGCCCGUGAUCAACUGCACGAGCCGCACUUUUGGACGCUGCCGCCCUGGUUCCACUGCCACAUCCAGACGCACGCGGGCACGACCAUCUUUUGGCUGCCCAUCGACUCCGAGGAGGGCCGCGUCUACGCGCAGCUGACAACGGACGCGGCGCGGCUGCCGUACAUUAUCACGCACAGCACGGAAAUCUGGCACACGACAAUGCCCGAGGGCCUGUACUUUUACGACGAGCCGGCCAACACGCGGUACUGCAUCCGGCGGCACACGGCCGCGUUUGACGGUCUGUUGCGGCUCGGACUGCCCGACGGCAGCAUCCUGUGGCCCGAGGGGUCGCCACAGUGGGAGGCGGUGGCGCAGUACUACCGGGACUUGGGCAAGAACUUGGGGGCGAUUCACGCGGACAGGGGGCGCUACUGA